UUGUUUGUUUUUAUUGAUCCACUUUAAAAAACUAUACAGUUUUUGUUGAUAUUUUUUUUAAAUUGUGAAAUUUUCUAAAUGUUGUUGUUGUUUUUGAAAAGAUGACUAAUUUUUCUAAAAAUCAAUAUGAUUUAAAUCAAAAUAUUACCGAAAAUAACAACAACGAUAAUCAUCAUCAUGAUGAACAAGGAACGAUAAGAUUUCGUUCGAACGAUGCAUUCGAUUGUGUUGAUCUGAAUGAUGAUGUCGUGGAAAAAAUCAACCAUAAGAAUGAUGAUAAUGAUAAUUGUUGUUGUUUUGUAAAACGAAAACCACAUGCAUUUGAUCGUUCCAAUAUAAUUAGUAAAUUAUAUUGUCUUUAUGCAUUUGGUUUUCUUUGGAAAAAUCAUAAUAAUGAUUUUGAUAUUGAUUCAUUUGAUAAUUGUGCCCGUGAUGAUGAAUGUCAACAACUUGGUGAUCGUUUACAAAAACGUUGGAAUCGAGAACUUGAUCGUAAAGACAAAUCAAAAAUCAGUCUAUUACGUGCUUUAUUGAUGAGUUUUGGAUGGCGACAUAUACGGGAUCUAUUUCUUAAUGUUUUCAUUUAUGGAUUUUUACGAAUGAUUUUGCCGGUAAUUUUAGGACGAUUCAUUUAUUUUGCAAAUCUUUAUCGUGAACAAUUACUUUCUUCAAAUAUUGAUUCAAUUGACAAUGACAAUGACAGUAAUUCAUCAUCAAUAAUGUUGUCUAUUCAACAAAAUUCAAUUCGUAACAAUCAACAAGGAUUAGAAUGGCUUAAUAAUUUGACCAUAUCAACAACUGAUCAUCAUUUAAAUGCAUUAUUCUAUGCUGGAAUGUUAUCAUUAGUAAUUUUAAUGAAUUUUAUUGUAAGUCAUCCAUAUUUUAUGAGUAAUUUUCGUUUGGGUUUGAAUAUACGUGUUGCAUUAACGAAAUUAAUCUAUGAUAAAUCAUUACGUAUAAGUCAAUCAGCAAUUCAACGUAUUACUAUUGGUAAAAUUGUAAAUCUAAUUUCAGCCGAUGCUAGUCGUUUUGAUGUUAGUUUUACUGCAAAUUAUUUUAUUAUUGGUGGUCCAUUACAUUUUAUUGUUGCAAUGUUGUUUCUUUAUUUAUACAUUGGAAAUGCUUGUUUAGGUGUCAUCUUUUUAAUCAUUGUUUAUAUACCAUUUCAAGCUGUUAUGGCAAAUAUUUUAAGUCGUGUUCGUUCAAAAUCAAUUUUUCUUACUGAUGAUCGUUUACGUUUGAUGGCUGAAAUUCUACCUGCAAUGCGUGUCAUCAAAAUGUAUUGUUGGGAAAAACCAUUUGCAUUGUUAGUAAAUUUGGCACGUCGUUUAGAAAUUGUUAAAAUUCGUCAAUCAAUGAUGAUCCGAUCGAUUAAUUUGGGCAUAUUUUUUGUCAGUAACAAAUUGUUUGCAUUCAUUUGUUUUGUAUGGUUUUUGGAAACAAGUCAACAACAACUUACAGCCGAAAGAGUUUUUGUUUCAUUAUCAUUAAUCUUUCAGAUUCGUGAAUCGAUGACAUUCUUUUUCCCAAUGGCCCUGUCGUAUGUUGUUGAAUCAUAUAUUUCAUUGUGUCGUAUUGAGAAAUUUCUUCUUGAAGAAGAAAAAACCGUCAUUCCAAAAUCAAUCGAUUCAAAACCAUCAAUAUCAUUGAAAUCGGUUACAGUUGAAUCAGAAACAGAUGGUGCAAUUAUUUUAGAUAAUAUUUCAUUUGAUGUUCAACCCGGACAAUUAACCGUUGUUGUUGGACAAGUUGGUUCAGGAAAAUCAACCAUAUUACUUUCGAUACUUGGUGAAUAUCGAUUGAAAUCUGGUACUAUUGAUACAAGUGGAUCAUUAAUAUAUGCAUCACAAGAAUCAUGGAUAUUUGCCGGUACAAUACGUGAAAAUAUUUUAUUCGGUCGUCCAUAUGAUUCAAAACGUUAUUGGAAAGUAAUUAAAGUUGCUGCAUUAGAAUCGGAUAUUGAUCAGAUGCCUGCACGUGAUCAAACAAUUGUAGAUGAUCGUGGAACAUCAUUAAGUGGUGGUCAACGUGCACGUAUAUCAUUAGCCCGAGCAUUAUAUACUGAUUCGGAUUGUAUACUUUUGGAUGAUCCAUUAUCGGCUGUCGAUACAGCUGUUGCUAAACAUAUAUUCGAAAAAUGUAUAAAAAAAUAUCUUAAAGAUAAAGUUGUAAUAUUGGUUACACAUCAAUUACAAUUCAUCAAACAAGCUGAUCAAAUUAUUGUUCUAAAAAAUGGUGGCUGUUUAGCACAAGGAUCAUAUCAAACAUUACUUAACAAAGGUAUUGAUAUUUAUAAAUAUGCAGCAACAGAAGUGACUGCCGAUCAAUCACAAUUACAAUUACAGCCACAAUUAUCAAUAGAUCAUAUUAAUGAACAUUUACCAUUAAAUCAACGAAAAUCAUCAAAUUCAUCAAUCAUAUCACCACAUUAUGUUGUACGUUUAAAUUCAUUCAAUUCAGAAUUAUUUGUUAGAUCAAGAACAUCAUCUGUAAUGAGUACAGCAUCUAGUCUACAAGAUGAACAAAGCAUAAUGGAAUAUAAAAAUCGUAAUGAUCUACAAACAAAUGAUGAUAAUGAUGAUGGACAAUUUCAAAUUGAAAUGGCUGGUACAGAUUCCAAAAAUAAAAUGAGUUCAUUAAAAAUUUAUUGGAUUUAUGUUCGUACUGGUGCCGGAUUUUUACUACUUUCAACAUUUAUUUUUUCAAAUAUUUUAACACAAAUAUUAUUUACCGGUACUGAUUAUUGGCUUUCGGCUUGGACUGAUUAUCAAGAAAAUCUACAUCUACAUAAUUUAAAUCCUGAACAUCAACUUGAUAAAAGUCCAAUUAUACAUGAAAAUUAUCAAACAAAUAUUAUUAUUUAUGCAUUUUUAGUUGGUUUUUUAUUCAUUUUUUCCAUCAUACGUACAACAUCAUUUUUCAUUACCUGUAUGCGAUCAUCAGUUAAUUUACAUAAAACAAUUUUUGAUUCAUUGGUUAAAGCACCGAUAAUGUUUUUCGAUAAAACACCUGUUGGUAUAAUUAUGAAUCGUGUAUCACGUGAUCUUGGAAUUAUUGAUGAUCUACUGCCACCGGUUGCAUUUGAAGCAAUUGAAAUUCUGGGAAAUUCUUUGGCCGUAUUUAUAUUAUGUGCAACAUUGAAUUAUUAUAUUCUUAUACCAUUCUUUAUAUUGGCCAUUUUAUUAUAUUUCGUUGUACGAUUCUAUGUAACAACGGCUCGUAAUAUUAAACGAUUGGAAGCUACUGCACGUAGUCCAUUAUUUCAACAAAUGGCAGCAACAUUAUCCGGUCUGCCAACUAUUCGUUGUUAUGGUGCACAGAAAAUGUUUACCGAAAGAUUUAUCGAUAAACAAAAUGUUCAUUCAUCAAUAUUGUUUACAUUUUUAAGUUGUUCACGUUUAUUCGGUAUUGCAAUGGAAAUUAUGUGUCUUGUUUAUAUUUAUUGUUUAAUAGUAUUUCUAAUCAUAAAUUUGGAUAUCUAUACUGGAUCAUUAAUCGGUCUGAUUAUUUCACAAUCAUUAUCAUUAACAUCAACAUUUAAUUGGGGUGUAAGACAAAUGACCGAAGUAGAAACCUAUAUGACAUCGGUUGAACGUAUUAUUGAAUUUGAUAAAUUAGAUCAGGAAAAUUUGGAUGAAGGUGAUAUAGAACCAGAUGAAUCAUGGCCAAAUAGUGGUGAUAUUGAUUUUAAAAAUGUUUGUCUUUAUUAUAAUAUUUCCGAUGAACCAGUAUUGAAAAAACUUACAUUCAAAAUAAAUGGUGGUGAAAAAAUUGGUAUUGUUGGUCGAACUGGUGCCGGUAAAUCAUCAAUCAUAACAACAUUGUUUCGUUUAAUACAACCAACUGGUAUUAUUGAAAUUGAUGGUAUUGAUACUGGUAAAAUAAGUUUAGCAACAUUACGAAAACAAUUAUCAAUCAUACCACAAGAACCGGUACUAUUUUCUGGUAAUAUUCGUCGAAAUCUUGAUCCAUUUAAUGAAAAAUCGGAUGAAGAAAUUUGGAAUGCAAUUGAAAAAGUUGAACUUAAAUCAAAAAUUUUAUCACUUGAUUCAUUAGUAAAUGAAUGUGGUAAUGAUUUUUCUGUUGGACAAAAACAACUUAUCUGUAUGGCAAGAGCUAUAUUACGUAAAAAUCGUAUUCUAAUUCUUGAUGAAGCAACAGCUAAUGUUGAUCCAAGAACCGAUUCAUUUAUUCAGGAAACAAUACGAAAAGAAUUUGAACAUUGUACAGUGCUUACAAUUGCACAUCGUUUAAAUACAAUUAUUGAUUAUGAUCGUGUUAUUGUUUUGGAUAAAGGUUGCCUAAUGCAAUUCGAUACACCAUAUGAACUUAUUGAACAAGGUAAUGGUAUUUUUUAUGAAUUAUUUCAUAAUCUUAGUUCAGAUAUUCGUAAUGAACUGAAACGAAUGGCAAAAAUAUCACAUUUUCGUUAUGGAAAAAUCAAUUCAAAUGAUCAUUUAAUUAAU